AUGUCUCCAGUCCUUGCCUGUUUACUAGUUUUCCUGGCAGGCUGCUCAGGAUGCCAGCACCAUGCCUGCCGCUGCAUGGGCAGGGUCUUCAUUUGUCAGGAGAGCAAGGUGGUCCAGGUUCCCCGGGACAUCCCCACCAACAUCACUGAACUGAGAUUUGUCCUCACCAAGAUGAGAGUCAUUCCAAAAGGAGCUUUCGCAGGACUUGGUGACCUAGAAAAAAUAGAGAUCUCACAGAAUGAUGCCUUGGAGGUCAUAGAAGCAAACGUGUUUUCCAACCUUCCCAAACUACAUGAAAUAAGAAUUGAGAAAGCAAACAACCUCGUGUACAUUGAUCAAGAUGCCUUCCAACACCUUCCAAGCCUCAGAUAUUUGUUAAUAUCAAACACUGGCAUUCGUUUUUUACCUACUGUCCAUAAGGUGCACUCUGUCCAGAAAGUUUUACUAGAUAUUCAAGAUAAUAUCAAUAUACGUACAAUUGAAAGAAAUUCGUUCACGGGCCUCAGUUCUGAGAGUGUGAUUCUAUGGCUGAAUAAAAACGGGAUUCGGGAAAUUGAGAAUCUCGCAUUUAAUGGAACCUACCUGGAUGAGCUAAAUCUAAGUGACAAUCACAACUUAGAAAAAUUACCAAAUGAGGUCUUCCAAGGAGCCAAUGGACCUGUUGUUUUGGAUAUUUCAAGGACAAGAAUCAGUUCCCUGCCAAGCCAUGGAUUAGAACUCAUUAAGAAGCUAAGAGCAAGGUCUACAUACAAUUUAAAAAAGCUUCCUGAUUUAAGCAAAUUUAGAUCUUUGAUUGAGGCAAAUUUCACCUACCCUAGCCAUUGCUGUGCAUUUACAAACUGGAAAAGACAAAACACUGAAUUACAUCCGAUAUGUAGCAUAUAUCAGGCCAAGCAAGACCUUGAUGAGCAGCCUGGCAAAAAACUGCACAGACGAUCUGCAGCUGAAGACUAUAUUUCCAAUUAUGGCAUAGGAUUUGACCCAGCAGAGAACGAAUUUGACUAUGGUUUAUGCAAUGAAGUAGUUAAUGUAGCUUGCUCACCUAAACCAGAUGCUUUCAAUCCAUGUGAAGAUAUCAUGGGAUACAACAUUCUGAGAGUCCUAAUAUGGUUUAUCAGCAUUUUAGCUAUCACUGGGAACAUUGUUGUCCUCAUUAUUUUAAUAAGCAGUCAGUACAAACUCACCGUACCUCGGUUUCUAAUGUGCAAUCUCGCAUUUGCAGACCUCUGCAUAGGCAUCUACUUGCUGUUUAUUGCAUCUGUAGAUAUCCAGACCAAAAGCCAGUAUUACAACUACGCCAUAGACUGGCAAACUGGGGCAGGAUGCAAUGCUGCAGGAUUUUUUACAGUGUUUGCAAGUGAACUCUCGGUCUACACGCUGACUGUGAUAACUCUGGAAAGGUGGCACACCAUCACCUACGCCAUGCAACUGGACCGCAAGGUUCGAUUUCGUCAUGCUGUGAUUAUCAUGAUUUUUGGCUGGAUGUUUGCCUUCACGGUGGCACUUCUUCCCAUAUUUGGAGUCAGCAGCUACAUGAAGGUCAGCAUCUGUUUGCCCAUGGAUAUAGAAACACCAUUUUCUCAGGCUUAUGUUAUAUUUCUUUUGGUGUUGAAUGUACUCGCAUUUGUGAUUAUAUGUGCCUGCUACAUCUGCAUCUAUUUUACGGUAAGAAACCCUAAUGUCAUCUCUUCAAACAGUGACACUAAGAUUGCCAAGCGCAUGGCCAUACUGAUCUUCACAGACUUCCUCUGCAUGGCACCAAUAUCUUUUUUUGCAAUAUCAGCCUCACUCAAGGUUCCUCUCAUCACAGUGUCCAAAUCCAAGAUCCUUCUGGUUUUGUUUUACCCCAUCAAUUCCUGUGCUAACCCUUUCCUCUAUGCCAUUUUCACAAAGACUUUCCGCAGGGAUUUCUUCAUUCUGUUGAGCAAGUUUGGUUGCUGUGAAAUGCAAGCGCAGAUUUACAGAACAGAGACCUCCUCAUCUGCUCAUAAUUUCCACACAAGAAAUGGCCAUUGCCUUCCUACGUCAAAAAACAGUGAUGGGACUAUUUAUACAUCGGUUCCUCUGAAUCACUUGAACUGAAAUGCUUGCAGGAAUUUUUGUGUCUGAGGCAGUGAGAUAAUCACUUUCAACUGUAAAUUUGAAUAAUGACUUCAGCAUAGCAUGCAAACUUAUUUUUUAUGAGAAAAAAAUUAUUUCCACUUCACUGUUUUUGUUCAACAAAUAGCCAUCAGAGAUGACACAUCACCUUCAUCAGUUCUUGAAGAACAAAAACCAGAACUUCACCAUGUGCCAAAGUUUUCUUGUGGAAUUGUCUCAUGACAAUGAGACAAAAUGAAUGAAAUUAUAAACUGGUAUCUCCCACCCUACAGGCAGAGAUUCCCUUCAUCCUAAGAAGAUGUUAGCUGCUUAUUGAGAAUUCAGUAGUUAGACAUGGUUGAAAAAAAAAAUGUAGAGUUAAUUUUUUGGCCUGGAAAGCAUGUUGUAACAAUGACAGAUAAUCACCUCUUUUCAUUAAUCAUGUCUCCUGGGGUCACAGGAGACACAAGGCCAACUUAGAAUCCUCC